AACUAGACUCCAACCACAAACGAUGCCAACCUAUUUCCUCACGGGCGCCAAUCGUGGCAUUGGUCUCGAAUUCGUCCGCCAAAUAUCUACCAACCCCAAUAACACCAUCAUCGCCGGGGUACGCUCAUUAAAAAGCGACAUUAAUGACCUCAAGUCCCUCACAUACAAGAACAACAUUCACAUCAUCGAAUGCGAUGUGUCCUCCACCGACUCCAUCGCCAGUCUUGAAUUCCGGGUCGCAGAGAUCUUGUCGAAGAACGGGUCAAACCUAGAUUAUCUAUUCAACAUUGCUGGAAUCAAUGCCACAUCAUCGGAUACGUCGCUUUCAAUGGAUCCCGUCUCGCUCCAAAACCACAUGAACAUCAAUGUACUCGGUCCAGCGAAGAUCGUGGAGACAUUAAAGCAGUACCUCUCGCGAGGCGCGAUCGUCAUGAAUUUGACGAGUGGACUAGGAAGUCUGAAGGUAGCAACAGACACGCCAAAGUGUUGUACAUACUCGAUAAGCAAGGCAGCGCAGAACAUGCUGUCUUUGCACCAAGCGAGAGAUUUAAAGAGAUAUCAUGUCAUUGUUAUAUGCAUGGAUCCCGGAUGGGUUAAGACGAGAAUGGGAGGGAAAGGUGCCAUGGUUGAGCCUGAAGUCAGUAUUGCGGGUAUGUUGGAGGUAGUAGGCGGAUUGAAGAAGGAGGAUAGUGGAAAGUUCUAUCGCUUUGAUGGAAGCCCGGUUCCAUGGUAGUU